AGGCGCAGAAAAGGGGGCGGGGGACUCGGCUUGUUGUGUUGCUGCCCGAGAACCAGAGACGGUCCUGCUUCGGCCGCGGGUCUUCCAGCCGCCCGACAAUGUCGUCUCAUUUAGUAGAACAGCCGCCGCCCCCCCACAACAACAACAACAACUGCGAAGAGGGUGAACAGCCGUUGGCCCCGACAGCCGGCCUCAACAGUUCCUGGGUGGAGCUCCCUAUGAACAGCAGCAAUGGCAAUGAUAAUGGCAAUGGGAAAAAUGGGGGGCUAGAACACGUACCUUCCUCAUCCUCUAUCCACAAUGGAGACAUGGAAAAGAUUCUUUUGGACGCACAGCACGAAUCAGGACAGAGUAGUUCAAGAGCCAGUUCUCACUGUGACAGCCCUUCCCCACAAGAAGAUGGGCAGAUUAUGUUUGAUGUGGAGAUGCACACCAGCAGGGACCAUAGCUCUCAGUCAGAAGAAGAGGUUGCAGAAGGAGAGAAAGAAGUUGAUGCUUUGAAGAAAAGUGUAGACUGGGUGUCUGACUGGUCCAGUAGACCCGAAAACAUUCCACCUAAGGAGUUCCACUUCAGACACCCCAAACGCUCCGUUUCCUUAAGCAUGAGGAAAAGCGGGGCCAUGAAGAAAGGGGGUAUCUUCUCCGCAGAAUUUCUUAAAGUGUUCAUUCCGUCUCUCUUCCUCUCUCAUGUUUUGGCUUUGGGGCUAGGCAUCUAUAUUGGAAAGCGACUGAGCACACCUUCUGCCAGCACCUACUGAAGGAAAGAAAAGCCCCUGGACAAGCGUGUGACCUGUGAAGUGGUGUAUUGUCACAAUAGUUUAUUUGAACUUGAGACCAUUGUAAGCAUGACCCAACCUACCACCCUAUUUUUACAUAUCCAAGUUCCAGUAACUCUCAAAUCCAGUAUUUUAUUCAAACUCUGUUGAGGCAUUUUACUAACCUCAUUCCCUUUUUGGCCUGUAAGACACUUUAGAAUUUCCUAACAGAGUUUACUGUUAUUUAGAAAUUUGCAAGGGCUUCUUUUCCGCAAAUGCCACCAGCAGAUUAUAAUUUUGUCAACAAUGCUACCGUCUCCUUUUAGUGCUACCAGACUUAGACCUGCAUCAUUCGUGGUAUAAAUUUUGCUCUUGCAAGAUAACUACCAUCUCUCUCUUCAAACGAGAUCAGGUUAGCAAAUGAUAUGACAGCUUUGUUGUUUUGUUUUUUUCAAGACAAAGGCAAGCUUCCCUAAGCUUGAAUUUAUAGUUAUUAAAAAAGAAAACAAACAAACAAAAAAAAACCAAGACACAAAAAAAAAAAAUAUCCUGGGCAAUAAAAAAUUAUUUUAAACAAGCUUUGGAGCCACUUUUUGUCUAAACAGCCUCCUUAAUGGCGCCUUUUAAUUUGUAGGAGGCCAGCUACAUAAACGAUGGGUAUGACGUAGAAUCAGAACUAAAGCACAUGAGCGUAUUUUAAUACUAGGAUGUUGUAAUGCUGUCUUUUCUAUGGUGUAGAAUCUCUAUUACUCAUAAGGAACGUCUCAGGCCUACCUAGAAAUAGAUGAAAUUGCUUUGGGGAUUUGUGUGUGUUUGGUAUUUUCAUGUUUAUUAGCUUUAGCUGCAUGUGAAUUUUUCAUGACUUUUAAGUUUUUCUGUUGUUGUUGUUUUUUUCCUAAGAGGAGGCUUUGGAACGAGUUCCAAUUUGUGGUACAAAUACGGGCUUCUUGUUUUAGGAAGCACCACUUACACUCUGAAGCCUUUAAACUGUGAAGGUAAUUGUUUCGGAGUGAUUCCAAGCACUCGCACAGCUUUGAAAACCAGACGUGGGUUGCGGGGACAGUUGACAAAGUUCUAAAAAGAUGGUGUUUGUUUUCUUCGGAUCUUUCCCUCUCACCUGUCCAGCCUUCCCACGGUGGUCCCUGCGAUUGGGCAGGCGCUGGCGGUUUUCUCCUCCCGUAGCCAUCUUCAGUUGUGAACUCCUGAAGUUCCAGGGCACUCGGCAACAGUGAUCGGCUUGUGUGUGUUUGUGCAUUUGGGUUUGUUUGUUUCUAAAAUGUGAAGCUUUGGGACCAAAUUGUUAGAAAGCAUCAGGACCCCCAGUUAUUGCAAGUAGAUUUCUUGGAUUUUUGGAACACCUGGCAUGACUCUGAAGGAUACUAUUAUAUGUUUUAUAUAUAAAUUGCUGUUUAUGAUGUAGACAUGACUAUCGACUAUUUAGAGGACCAUUGGUAAUCUUAAAACUGGCGAUCUCUUCAUUAAAUCAAGUGCAUCAGAUUGCCUGGGAUAAGAGCAGUGACAAUAAUAGAUUUGCCGGUCUGCAGAAACUAUCUAACUCUGUUCUCUUUCACAUCAGAUUUUGUAAACUGGAUGUGUUGUAGUGGGAAAUAACCUACAGAUUAAACAAAACAAUAAUAAUUUCUGACUAUCUUCUUUUCAAGAAUAUAGCAGGUUAUCUUUGAGAAAGAUGAUAUAUCCCAAAUAGUUUUCUGAAUUAUUUUAUGUUUUCUUUCGAGCGGUUGAUGUCUGAAUAAUUUUGGAUAUCUUUUUAUUAUACUUUGUUUCUAGCUUAUUCUUAAACCUGGUAACACUUGAUUUGCCUUCUAUAACCUAUUUAUUUCAAGUGUUCAUAUUUGAAUUUGUUUGGAAAGUGAAUCUGACGGCCCACUGAUUUUGAAAAGCCUGCCUAAAACUGGAAAGGCUGAUCAAGUUGCAAGAACUAAAGAGUUGGACCGCUGUAAUGUACAGCUUGUAUUACAAUCCGUAUCAUGGGAGGGAAAAGUAAAAUUAUACAAAAAGUAAGAGCAACUUUUUUAUAGGCAACACAUUGCCCUCUUUUGAAACUCAGUAGCAAUCCUAUCAGUAGUGUGGUUGAACUUGGGUAUGUUUAUGACUUUCUUCAACAUCGGACAUAAAUUUAGUUCUUUUUUUCUUAAACUAUCUGUGAAAUUUUGGACUAUGACUGAAAACAUGAAUACAUGAUCACAGUAGAACUUAUCAUAAGAUACAGUCAUGCAGUAUUUAUUGACAGCCCUAACAUAUGGAAUACAUGUUGAUGCUCCCACCCAGAUUUAUGUCAAACAGAAACAGAUUGCGUGAUUAGAAAGGAGACUUCAACACGUAACAGUUGACGUUUUAAGAAUAAUGUUUUAAAAGCUUUACGCCUGUUUACAGUUUGGGGGACGAAAAGGCAGGCUUCAUUUUUCUUGAUUGAUGAAAGCUGGCUAAAAAUAUUCGUAGAUGGAAUCACGAGCAAAACUGCACAAACUUGCACAUUAAAAAGUGCAACAAGUUACUUUGCAGCAAAAGUAUUUACUGUCGUAAAAAGUGAAAACUGAACACUUAGCCAGUGGGAUGAAUUUUUAAGUGAACCAGUUGUUGAAAUUAUUGGAAUUAACUGAGCCAAAGUGAUUAUGCAUUCUUCAUCUAUUUAGUUAGCACUUUGUAUCAUUAUAUACAGUUUACAAUACAUGUAUAACUUGUAGCUAUAAACAUUUCGUGCCAUUAAAGCUCUCACAAAACUU